UCCUGCUAUAAAUACAAUCCCAACUCCUCUUCAUUCUUCAACUUUCUCACUUCCAUCUCCCCACCUCAGGCACUUUUCAUGGACACCAGAAUUGAGUCUUCAGAAUCUCUAAGGAACAAAUGCUCAGCAUGCUUUAGACAAUACAAUAAAGUGGAGCACCUGGUGGAGCACAUGAGGAUUUCAUAUCAUUCAGUGCAUGAGCCCAUGUGUGGGAUAUGCAAGAAGCACUGUCGAUCGUUUGAUUCGCUGCGGGAUCAUCUUACAGGGCCAUUGCCGAAAGUGGAAUGUGCAAAAAUAUUCAGUGCUCGAGGAUGCAACCUUUGCUUAAGCAUUCUUGAUAACCCAAAUGCUCUUCGGAUUCACCGUGCAACAUGCCAACUUUCACAUUUGGCAAGUCCUGGACUUGUUUAUCAACUGUCUAGGCUCAGCAUAUACUCUCCAUCCGAAAUUGAAACGAGCAGUAUGAGAUCACAAGGACCACAAGUAGUUGCACUAGGGUGCAAAAUGGUGGGAGGAGGAAGCGAUGGGUCACUAGAUCUUUGCGGGUGGGUCUGUGUCAUCGGUGAGGAUGAAAAGAUCAUCUUCCACACUUAUGUCAAACCCCAAAUUCCAGUAACAAAUUACAGGUACGAGAUGACGGGCAUAAGAGCAGAAUAUUUAAACGAUGCAAUGCCAUUGAAAGAAGUACAAAGGAAGAUUCAGGAUUUUCUAUGCAAUGGUGAAGCGCUGUGGAAGAUUCGCAUGAAAGGCGGAAAAGCAAGGAUUCUCAUCGGUCAUGGUUUAGAUCGCGAUCUUGAUUGCUUAGGAAUCGAAUAUCCUGCUCACUUGAUCAGGGACACUGCUAAAUAUCCUCCCUUGAUGAAAACAAGCAAGCUCAGCAACUCACUCAAGUACCUAACACAAGCAUAUCUUGGGUAUGAUAUUCGAAUAGGCAUACAAGACCCAUAUGAUGAUUGUGUGGCCACAAUGAGGCUCUACGCAAGGAUGCGAUCUCAAGCGCAUCCAAUGGAAGACCUCUCAGCAUCCAGCGAAACACAACACCGUAGCAAUUUUGCAGCAUGGAAACAAAAGGAACUUGAGAAAAUGACGUCGGAUUCCCUGCUUGAAAUUUCAAGGUCAGAUUAUUAUUGCUGGUGCUUAGACUCUAAGCAAGUUAUGGCACCUUGAAUUUAGAACCGUCGGAGGGUGGGCCAUUUGGGUGUCUUUGUUUCUUAGCGCCUAGCAGUUUCAGCCCAUCCAAUGCUCCCCAUGGGAAAGCUAUAUGAUUGUAUGUCCAUGCAAUUAUAGUAUGUAUUUACAUCUGUUUGGACUACUUCAAUUCCUAAAAUGGAAAAUGGGUAUUGUAUGCAAAUCAAUCAAGAUUAAUCAUGAAGAUGGUAAUGAACUACUCCAAAUGCUUGUGAACCUAUGUCUUAUCAAAGGUUUUGAGCUUUAUAAUAUAGCUAAUAGAACUUAGUUUGUGAAACUUAUGCAACAGAAU